GGAGGAGAAGGCGCGGAGCCGCCAAGCCACGCCCCUCUUGGCCUUCGAGGAAGGGAGCUUAACCGCUCGCUGCCUGCCAGGCUCAGGCGCCCGGCUGUCUUCUGGCGGGGUUCUCCCCGGGUCAGGCGCCGCUCGGGGCAGCCCGGAGGAGGCUCGUGGCGCGGAGGUCCUUCCAGGGAAGGCGGCGGCCGCCGGCGGGCGCGAUGUCGGACGGGGAGGACGCGGACGCGGCCCUGUCAGCAAUCGUCGAGCUGUUGGGGGAGGCGAGCGAUUCCGACGAGCGCUGCCCCGCCGACGACCACGAGGACGACGAGGACGAUGACUACGACUGCGACCGGCUCUAUCAGGAGAGUUUGGAGGACGGCGAGAUCGUCCGCCUGGAGGACCAGCUGUCCGUCAAUCCCUACGAUUACAACUGUAACGUGGAUCUGAUAAAACUUCUGCGGAAGAAAGAGGACUACUAUGGGCUUCACAGAGCCCGCCAAAACAUGAGCAAGAUUUUCCCUCUCACUGAAGAUCUAUGGUUGGAAUGGCUGAAGGAUGAGAUUGAGCUGGCUCGUGAAGACUCGGACCGGGAGAAGAUUUACGAACUUUUUGAGAGAGCUGUGAAAGACUACAUCUGUCCUAAAAUCUGGAUGGAGUACGCCCAGUACUCCAUUGGGGGCAUCGGUCAGGAAGGAGGGAUCGCGAAAGUUCGCGCAAUCCUGGAACGGGCGCUCAUCGCGGUAGGCCUCCACGUGACCAAAGGAGCUGCUAUUUGGGAGACCUACCGGGAAUUUGAAAACGCCAUGUUGGCGACCAUGCAGCCACCACCGGGCAGCGUCCCGACCCCUGAGCAGCAGCAGAACGUCAAGGCACAGCUGGAGAAGAUCCACUCGCUCUAUCGUCGGCAGCUGGGGGUUCCCUUGAUAGAUAUGGAAUCGGCAUUUUUGGAAUACGAAAGCUGGUCCGAGGAGCCGAUCCCGCAGACAGCUCUGCAGAACUACGCCAAGGCCUUGAAGCAGUUGCAGAAAUACAAGCCUUACGAAGAGGCUCUGCUGGUAGCUGAAGCCCCAAAGCUGUACGAAUAUGCAGCUUACAUCGGCUUCGAAGUAAAGCUGGGGGAUCCAACUCGCAUCCAGCUGAUGUACGAGCGUGCCCUGGCCGAGAACUGCCUCGUGCCUCACCUCUGGGUGCACUACACUCAGUACUUGGACAGGCAGUUGAAGGUGAAGGAGGUGGUGCUUUCCGCUUACGAGCGAGCGGUGAGAAAUUGCCCUUGGGCCGUCAAGCUGUGGAGCCAGUACCUGCUGGCCAUGGAGAGGCAUCGCAUGGAACAUCAGGCGAUCUCAGAAACGUUUGAAAAGGCUUUAAAAGCCGGAUUCACCCAGCCCACCGAUUACGUGGAGAUCUGGCAAGCGUACCUUGACUACCUUCGGAGAAGAGUGGACUUUACCCAAGACUCCAGUAAGGAGCUGGAAGAGCUCCGGUCGGCCUUUGGCCGUGCCAUCAAAUAUUUAAAGCAAGACGUCGAGGAACGGUUUAAUGUGAGCGGAGACCCUUCCUGUAGUCUCAUGCAGGCCUGGGCCAGGAUUGAGGCUCGCUUGUGCAACAACAUGCAGAAGGCGCGAGAACUCUGGGACUUCAUCAUGGUGAAAGGGAACGCGAAAUACGCCAACAUGUGGCUGGAGUAUUACAACCUGGAGCGGGCACACGGGGAUACCCUCCACUGCAGGAAGGCGUUGUACCGGGCCGUGCAGUGUACCCAGGACUACCCUGAACACGUCUGUGAGGUGCUGCUCACGCUGGAGAGAAUCGAAGGCACUUUAGAGCACUGGGACGCGGCGGUUCAGAGGACGGAAACCCGUCUGGCUCGAGUGAAAGAGCAGAGAGAAAAGGCGGCACAGAAGGAGGCUUCCCUGGCCAACCAGGAGGAAGAGAGAGCGGAGCAGCACAAGGAAGCCGAGGCGAAGAAGAAAGCCGACAGAAAGACGGCCAAAGCCGGGCUCAAGCGGAAGGCAGGCGGCUGUGGAGAAUGGGGGCAGGAGGAGGAAGUCGAAGUGCCCGUCAAGAGGAUGAUGGGGACCUCCGACUACCUGCUGUACGAGGAGGAGAUGGAGCGGUUGGACGAGUUGGAGCUGCAGAGGAACACGGAGCUGGAGGUGGAGCUGGGCCUCUUUGGAAGGAAGGGCGACCCCAAGCCAAAGGAAGAGGGAGCAGCGGCCAAGUGGAAGGACACCCCCAAGGUCCCUCACGACAGCACGAAGGAGCCCUUCACCGUCUUCCUCAGCAACCUCUCCUACAAAAUGACCGACCCGGAGGUCAAGCUCCGAGCCCUCUUUGCCAGCUGCGGGGAAGUGGCCGAAGUCCGCUCCAUCUACAGCAACAAGGGGGCCUUCCGCGGCUACUGUUACGUGGAGUUCAAGGACGAGAAGUCGGCUCUGAAGGCCUUCGAACUGGACCGGACCGUGGUGGAAGGCAGGCCCAUGUUCGUCUCUCCCUGCGUGGAUAAAAGCAAGAAUCCGGAUUUCAAGGUGUUCAAGUACAGCACAGCUCUGGAGAAGCACAAGCUCUUCAUCUCCGGCCUGCCCUUUUCAUGCACGAAACAAGAGCUGGAGAAGAUCUGCAAAGCCCACGGGACGGUGAAGGAGCUCCGGCUGGUCACCAACAGAGCUGGCAAGCCCAAGGGCUUGGCCUACGUGGACUUUGAAAACGAAGUGCAGGCCUCCCAGGCGCUUCUGAAAAUGGACGGGAUGGACAUAAAGGGCCACGUCAUCAAAGUUGCCAUCAGCAACCCUCCGUCUCGAAGGUUCCCCGAGAAGCCGGAAUCCCAGAGUCAGAAUCAGAAUUUCCGCACAGCUCAUGGCCGCCGCCGCAAGGGAAGAACCCAGCUGGAGAUGGUCCCUCGUGCCUUGCAGCGUCACAACAACCCACCAAGCAAGGCAGAGAACGGCGGUGAGCAGAGCCCGUCCGCCCCGCCGGCGGAAUUGCCCAAGAAGAUGACCAACGCGGACUUCGCCAAGAUGCUCCUGAAUAAGUGAGCCGCUGCCGAGGGCCCCCCUUGGACGUCCUCGGCUGUUUUUUCCCCCCCGUAGCGGCCGCUGCGGCUGAUCAUGGUUCCCCUCCGAUCCCAAUUUGGACUUCUUACAUCUGCCAAAUGCCCGAAGAGGGAGGUGUCGAUUCCCCACCUCCCCCGAAGUACCCCAGGGCAAAAGUUAAUUGAGUUUGGGAGGGGUUGUUGUGAGGAAUUUGUGGAAAAAAUGGCUUUAAAUGCUUUCCUCAUAUUGGGGGUUUAAUGUGGCGAGCGCUCACUUUUUGAGGCUGAACACAGUAUGUUUUAAUAGUUGGGUUUUUUUCAGCUGUUAUUCUCCAAAUGAAGAGUUUAAUGUGAAUUGUGUCUCGAUCUGGUUUAUACAAAUCCCACCACGGGCGCUGAGCGAAGCCGGGCAGCGCUGCGACGCUUCCUCCGUCGCGCACAAAAUAAGCCCCGGACGAGCCCAGCGCCUUCUUCUCGUGCGCAAAAAAGGAGCAUAGAGAGAUGACGUUCACCAUAAUAGCCUAUUUCAGCCUUGGGGUAGAAGGGGAGGCGUUUCCACCGACCCCUUUGCCGAGUCUGUUUUUUGAUAUAAUCCGUACCUCUCUCUCUCUCUGGGCGUGACCAGCACAUGCCGGCUACUUUUGAGCUUUCUCUGACCUGGCACUGGAGGGACGGACGCCCUGCUCCGCUCCGGUGUUUCUGUUUCCCCGGCUCCUGUAAGGGUCUCUAGCCAGGCCCCCUCUUGGUUCUCGAGGUGUUUGCCUUGCAAUGUUUUCGUUUUUUUUAUACAAUGUAAAGCGUGAGCCUGCGGCAUUCCUCCUCCGGGUUCAUUAAAGUUGAUCUUGCAAGUUGA